AUGGCUCACAAUGAACAUCCUGCGAACUUGAGAGAAGACUACAUAACUGAAGAAACAAGGAAACUGAUCUCUUCACUUCCGACAAACAAAGACUCUCAAGGCAGCCUCUGCAAGUACCAAGGAUCUUGGUAUUACUACAACACUCUCCAAGGAGCCAUCAACUUCAAGAAUCAUUUCCAGCCACAAGAAACCGAUAUUAUCCUCGCUUCCUUCCCAAAAUCCGGCACAACUUGGCUCAAGGCACUCACGGUCGCACUCUUUGAGAGAUCUAAACAUCAUAAUGAUCCUUUAAACCAUCCAUUGCUAUCAGAUAACCCUCAUAGCAUAGUACCAUUCUUUGAGAGCAAUCUGUAUCUCCGAACCUCAACACCAGACCUAACAAAGUACUCAUCAUCAUCAUCAUCAUCGUCCCCGAGGCUGUUUGCGACUCACAUGCCUUUACACACCGUGAAAGAAGGUCUCAAGGGCUCUCCUUGCAAGAUUGUGUACAUGUGUAGGAACGUAAAGGACGUGUUGAUAUCUCUAUGGUAUUUCAAGUGCAAGUAUCUGAAAAUUGAAGUAACUAGAAGCGUUCUUGAGUCCACGUUCGAGUCUUUCUGCGGAGGAGGAAACUUCUACGGUCCCUUUUGGGACCAUGUCCUCAGCUAUUGGAGAGGCAGCUUGGAAGAUCCGAGUCAUGUUCUGUUCAUGAAGUACGAGGAGAUGAGAGAAGAGCCUUAUGUUCAGCUCAAGAGACUUGCUGAGUUCUUGGGUUGUCCUUUCACUGAGGAAGAAGAAGAGGAGGGAGGUGUGAACAAGAUCUUGGAGCUAUGCUCUUUGCGUAGUCUUAGCGACUUGAAGAUCAGUAAGUCCGGAAAACCAGAUAGUGGCGCGGACUAUAAGCUCUGUUUCAGAAAAGGAGAAGUUGGGGACUCGAAAAAUCAUUUAAGUCAUGAGAUGGAGAUGAGAAUCGAUAUGAUCGUUGAAGAGAAACUGAAAGGUUCUGGUUUGAGUUUCUAA